AUGGAGGAGAAGGAGCAGAAGCUGCUGCGGCUGUACGAGAGCCAGCAGCAGCGCGCCUUCCAGCGCGUGGGCCGCGGCAGCGCCGGCGGCAGCUCCACCGCCUCGCUCUCCUCCAGCACGUCCACGCUGGCCUCCGUGGGGCUGGGCGGAGGCGGCGGCGGCGGCGGAGGCGCUGGCAAGGUGCGACAGCUGUUCGAAGAGCGACGCACCAACGGCUGGGACCGCAGUUACCCUCUGGAGCCCGUGGCGGGCGGUAAGGCGCGCUCCGGCCCGCACCCCGCGCAGCAGCAGCAGCAGGCGUUCGCCCACACGCAGGCGCUGCCCCUCGCCGUGCCCAAGACGAAGGUGGCGCGCGGCGCCAGCCUGGACCGCUCGCACGCCGCGCACGCCCCGCACGCCAAGAGCGUGGCCCGCCGCUCCAAGAGCCACGCCCGCAGCGAGGCCCUGCACGCCGCCGACGACCCGGCCGCCAACAAGCUCUACUACGACGGCGGCGGACACGGCUACCGCAAGAUCCCCGCCGCCAGCAACAACGCCCACCACCACCACAACAACAACAACAACCACCAACACCACGUCGACGAAUACAACAACCGCAACAACUACCGCCGUCAGCAGGUGGCGCCACCCCACGACGACAACUACGAGGACGAUUUCGAGGACGACGUCAACUACGAGACGCUCGGCGAGGACGUGCCGCGCCACGCUCGCAACGGCAACGGCAACAGCAACGGCUUCACCGUGCUGCCCGACAAGCGCCAGGAGGAGCUGUUCGCCAAGUACCAGGUGCGCGAGCUGCGCAACCACGACCUGCUGGUCAACACUUCCCCGCCGCCGGACGCGUACGAUGUCGACGGCAUCGACGACAGCACCUUCAUCUACGAGAAGCCGGCCAACGUGGGCGGGCCGUUGAGGGCGGCCGAGGAGCCCGUCAACAACAGCGACCGCUUCAAGACGUACGUGAGCAACAAGCACGGCCAGCGCGCCCUGUACAAGGAGGAGAUCACGCCGCGCGCGCCCUCGCACGCCAUGGCCACCAGGGCGUCGGAAGCGAAGAAGGCGCCCGCGGGCCGCAGGGAGUCCCUGUCCCCGCCCACCCGCGCCGCCCCGGCCGCCAGGCCCGCGCCCAGGAAGCCCCAGGAGCAGAAACCAUCAACUGGAUCUAAGACACUUGUAAAGUCACCACCCGGAUCUCUUUCCAGCACUGGAGCUAUAGCUCCUAAGCAAGGUGCUAGUUCGGUAUCAAGGCCAGCAUCAUCUACCAUCAAUAAAAAUAAUUAUAAUAAUAAAAUGAAGCCUUCUCCAACUUCAUCAAAAAUGAAAAAUGGACCAAGUUCCCAAACUCUGCGAACAGCACCUAGCAGAGAUGAUUUAACAGAAUGUCAUAUUUGCCACCGGCGAUUCACUAAUGAUCGUAUUAAGGUUCAUGAAGAAAUCUGUUCAAAAACUGCCCAGAAGAAACGGAAAGAAUAUGAUGCAACAAAGCAUCGAGUUCAAGGAACUGAGGCUGAACAAUUUGUUAAACGAGCAGUUAAGAAUGGUCCACAAAAAAAGGUUGAACCAAAGAAAGCAGACUGGCGAAAAAAGCACGAAGAGUUCAUUCAAACAAUUCGUGCAGCCAAAGAAGCACAGGCUCAUGUGGCUGCUGGAGGCAAGUUGUCUGAUUUGCCUCCUCCUCCGCCUCUGGACACCUCUGAUUAUAUCCAGUGUCCCCACUGUGGACGUCGCUUCAAUGAAGCUGCUGCUGAGCGCCACAUCCCACGUUGUGCCAAUAUGCAACAUAAUAAACCAAAAGCCCCUGCAAACAAAUCUUCAGGAUCUUUCUGCAAACGGCGCUGAUCAUAAUCGUGAAAGAUUUCCCUUAUGUAUAGUAUUAUACAUAGCAUUCAGAAAGACUUAAAUAUAUAAUUUAACUCCAUAAAUAUAUUUUUUCAUCAUGGAGCUGAUUUCAUACAUUUUAUGAAAAGUAGAUAUGAUUAUUUAAUUCUAAUAUGAUGCCUACAUUUUUGAAUAAGAUUUGCCAAUAAUUGUACUUAUAAUAGAAAGGGGAUUAAGGCCUACUCUAUUUACAGGAUAGUGAAGUAGGUGCAAAAUAAUUGUUUUGUAGCAGGUGGAGGAGUUUUGUGCAACUCAAGAAAUUGUCUUCAAUCUUAGGGAAAGUUAUGCAUUUUUCAAACAACUCUGCAUGAAAAUUGUCAUUAUCGUACCGGUAAUGAUUCAUGCUAGUAGCUUUUUAUAUAUUAACUUCCAAGCAAGAUACUAUUGAGUUAUAUUUUUGAACAUAUGAGACUUCAAGUCAUAGUCAUGUUUAAAAAAAACAAACAUGCAUUUUUACUAUAUUUCACAUAUUUUCGUAAAAUGUUGUAUAUGGGUUAAUAUUAUUUAACAUGUUAUUUCAUAAUUUUCAUUAAUAGGUUCAGUAAACCAUUAGUUAGAGUAAUACUGCAGCUUUUUAUCAGACUUGUUUGUGAAAUAGUGUACAUAGGAAUAAUCCAAAAGAGUAACACAACCAUUACUAAAAUAGAUUUCUAUUUUCUCUAUUUAGGUCAGUUAAUUUCAAGGAUCAGCUUUUGCACUUUUUGAAUGACUGUAUACUGGGGACACCUGUACUGUCUAAAUCAGAAUCAUAUAAUUUGCUUUAAGGAACAUUAAAAUUAAUUAUAUUUUGGUUAAAUUUUAUUUACUUUAAAUGUAUUUGAUUAUGUUAUCAUGUUAUCUUCAUCUCUUUUAAAAUGAAAUUUGAUAUAUAUGAUUUUCAGACAUUGAGAAAUGUGAUACUACUACAAAUGUAAUGCAUGAACUAGUGUGUAUGUUUUUCAGGAUCUAAGUAAGAUGGUUUUUGAGAAUGUGUGGCAAUUGUCUGUUUGAUAUGAAUGGAUGCGUGCAAAUAAACUUUAUAAAAAAUUCAAAAGUGUGAUUUUCUUCAUGUAUUACAUACAUGUGUUAUACUACUUUGUACAACUUCUGCUACAAACACUAAUUUUAAUAACAUGAGAAAAUAUACUAAAAAUGCACUAGA